CUACACUGACUCACAUGACUGAGAACACAUACAAUACUGUAUGUGUGUAUUCAGGACAUGGGAAGAGCAGUCAACCUAUGAACAGAAUGUGAAAAGGAGCGCAGUAAUUAUUUCAGAUUGUUAGAUCACUUCAACAUAACCAGCCAUUCCAAACGGAUAGGCUCUGAAGUCUGUACACAUUACCAUGAUAACUACUGGUUAUGGAUACAGGCCGAACCCUCGUUUUAUUCCUUCUCGUGUUAAAGGCUAAUGGAGGUUCUCAUUCCUUGUUGAUGCUUGCCACAUUCAUCAUUGGGGACACACCUUUCCCAGAAUUCAGUGCGGUGGUAAUGCUGGACGACGUCCAGCUUCUUUAUUAUGACUCGAGUGUGAAAACAGCUCUCCAACGUGAACUCAAGUGGGCUGAGGACGGCGUACUGAAGAUGGAUGCCAGUAUAGUGUUUGGAAAUGUAAACAGAGGCAUGGAGUUUCGGGCUCACCACCUGAAACGGAAGCUCAACCAUACAAGCAGUCUACAUGUACAACAGAGACUCUCCGGCUGUGAGUUGCUUGACCAUGACCAGCCAGGACCGAUGUUUGUGCAUGACGCCUUUAAUGGGGAGAGUGGAGACCACCUGUCCGCCAACAAAGACCAGUACAGUUUCAGGAGCCAGUGGCAUUGGCCCGCUAUGUGGGACAUACUGGUGGCUGACCAGGUGAAAUGGCUCCAUAAAAGCCUGUACCACCCUAUCUGUCUAAGAACACUAAGGACAUACCUGCACAGACACAAGAAUCACUUAUUGAGGAAAGUGAAGCCCAGAGUCCGGCUCCUCCAGAAGAGACUCCCAGACUCUGGAGAGGUCAGAGUGACCUGCCUGGCCACUGGCUUCUACCCCCGUCACAUCAACCUGACCCUGCUCAGAGACGGCCAGCCUGUGCCUGACCACCAGAUCACUGGGGGGGAGCUGCUACCUAAUGGAGAUGAGACGUACCAGAUGAGGAAGAGCCUGGAGGUCAGCACAGAGGAGCUACAGCGGCAUCACUAUAAGUGUACAGCUCAACACCUCAGCCUGGACAACAAACUGGACAUACACCUGGAUCUUGAUGGUAGUCUUGAUCCAGCAUCUGCAACACCGCUAUGGGUGCUGAUCAGUAUUGCACUGAUUUUAAUGUUCGCAGUCACUGCUCCAGUAGCUGUCGCCAUCAAAUGUUACAGGAGACACCAAGGGCAACCAAAUGUGUAUGCUUUGGCGCCAACGACACUUGCACAAAAAACAGCACCAGACACCCCACCUGAAGACUAGGUUCUUAUAUGGACCAGGCUCCAGUCUGACCCUACGUCAUAUCUAGAGACCCUAAUAAAGCUGAAUAAAAAGGUAUUGUGAUAGUAGUGUAACACUGACUUUCGAACUGAAUGUGUGGUUUGUAAAGUUACGGUAACAGAUGCUACGGUUUCUACAUUUUAAUGUUGUGUUGUGUGCCUAACAUUGCUGAAAAACAUUGCUGUGCAUGUGCACACACACAUGCACAGGGAUUCA